UUUCCUUUUUCCGGCGCCCGGGGUGCGAGCAGCGACUUGGGCCGCCUGGGGAGCGCCCCGCCGUGCCAGCCCGGCGCCCGCCCGCCCGCAGACACCCGAGCCUCGCGACUCCUGCCGGGAGCCAUGAACCACGCCGGACUGAACUCGGAGAAGGUGGCUGCGCUGAUUCAGAAACUCAAUUCCGAUCCCCAGUUCGUGCUUGCCCAGAAUGUCGGGACUACUCACGACCUGCUGGACAUCUGCCUGAAGAGGGCCACGGUCCAGGGCGCUCAGCAUGUGUUCCAGCACGUCGUCCCCCAGGAGGGCAAGCCCGUUACCAACCAGAAGAGCUCAGGGAGAUGCUGGAUCUUUUCUUGUCUAAAUGUUAUGAGACUUCCAUUCAUGAAAAAAUUAAAUAUUGAAGAGUUUGAGUUUAGUCAAUCUUACCUCUUUUUCUGGGACAAGGUUGAACGCUGUUAUUACUUCUUAAAUGCUUUUGUGGAUACAGCCCAGAAAAAGGAGCCUGAGGAUGGUAGACUGGUGCAGUACUUGCUUACGAAUCCUGCAAAUGAUGGUGGACAAUGGGAUAUGCUUGUCAAUAUUGUUGAAAAAUAUGGUGUUGUCCCUAAGAGGUGCUUCCCUGAAUCUCAUACAACAGAGGCAACCAGAAGAAUGAAUGAUAUUCUCAAUCACAAGAUGAGAGAAUUCUGUAUACGACUACGAAACCUGGUACAAAGUGGAGCAACCAAAGGAGAGAUCUCUGCCACACAGGACAACAUGAUGGAGGAGAUCUUUCGAGUGGUUUGUAUCUGUUUGGGAAAUCCACCAGAGACAUUCACCUGGGAGUAUCGAGACAAAGAUAAAAAUUAUCAGAAGAUUGGCCCCAUAUCGCCCUUGGAGUUUUAUAAAGAACAUGUCAAGCCACUCUUCAAUAUGGAAGAUAAGAUUUGUUUAGUGAAUGAUCCUCGACCCCAGCACAAAUACAACAAGCUUUACACAGUGGAAUACCUAAGCAAUAUGGUUGGAGGAAGAAAAACUCUAUAUAACAACCAGCCCAUUGAUUUCUUGAAAAAGAUGGUCGCUGCCUCCAUCAAAGAUGGAGAGGCUGUGUGGUUUGGCUGUGAUGUUGGAAAACACUUCAAUAGCAAGUUGGGCCUCAGUGACAUGAAUGUCUAUGAUCAUGAGUUAGUAUUUGGUGUCUCCUUGAAGAACAUGAAUAAAGCUGAGAGAUUGACUUUUGGUGAGUCACUUAUGACCCACGCCAUGACCUUCACUGCUUUCUCAGAGAAGGAUGAACAAGAAGGAGCAUAUUCGAAGUGGAGAGUUGAGAAUUCAUGGGGUGAAGACCAUGGCCACAAAGGUUACUUGUGCAUGACAGAUGAGUGGUUCUCAGAGUAUGUGUACGAAGUGGUGGUGGACAGGAAGCAUGUACCAGAAGAGGUGCUAGCUGUGUUGGAACAGGAGCCUAUUGUCCUGCCAGCCUGGGACCCCAUGGGUGCUUUGGCCGAGUGAUCCUGCCUUCAGCGCUCUCCUCCUCCCUUGGGACCUGAAGUUGCAGCAAAGGACAGAUCCAGGCAGUGAAGCCAAAGUGACACAGAUGACUGUGUGUUCCACAAGACACAGACUCUUGGAUUUCUCCUCCAGGAAUCUCUUCGGGAAAGUGUGCUUAUGCUGAACCACAAUAUUCUUAAACAAAAAGAAAAAAUUGGGGGGUGGGGGAGAUCAAGUCACACUAUCUACUCUCCUCAUCUCCAACAGCUCAGGAUUUUCAUCUCUUAGCAUUUUCAUCAGAUGCAAUUGUUUGUCUUGAUUUGUCAAAAAAAAAAAAAAAAAAAAAGAAAGUAUGGUCCAGUCUUCAUGAGAUGGGAGAGGAUGAGCAAUUGAGGUGUGUGGAGGGAAAAAUGGACUUAAUACUCCUUAUUCCUAGAAUAGAAUGGGGGAAGGUUAGCCUAAGAUUUGAGCUCUCUCAACUGCAUGCUGCCAACAGUAUCACUGUCCUUCCUGAUUGGCAGUCACUAGACCGAAUUAUUUUCAAGGCAAUUUGUGCCUCUAAUAGUGUAGGAAGGGGAGGUUGAUCAAGUCUGACAUGAUUCCUUUCUAUUGUUCUGAACUAUGGGGGGUCACAGCUGUACUUGAGUCAGGUUUAAAUAGAGACUUAGAGAAAUGUUGGGUAAGAAAACUGCGACCUUAUCAUGAUCUGAAUUAUAAUCAUUAGGGGGAGCUCUAGCCAAAGGGUUUUAACGUCUGCCUCUGGAAUUGGGAGUUGGGUGGGCAGGAAAAGGUGAUAUCCAUUCUUUCUGACAACUAGAUGGUGCUGAGAAGCUUUCGAAUAAAACACUUUGCUAACUGA